AUGCCUGUUCUGAAUGACAAUACUUUCCAAUCACUCACCGGUCGCGAAGAAAGGAAUGCGGGGGGUUUUGACCACACUGGUCUCACGCCGGCGCCAUUAAAACAGCCACAAUUCGCUGCCGGGGGUUCAGACGCACUUCCCACGAUUUCCUUUCGAUCCGGAAUAACUGGUAACGAUGAAGGUGAACCUGCAGAUCGUUGGAAUGUGCGGGACGUGGUCGUAGAGUUUCUGGUGCAGAAACAUCUCUAUGAUGAUGCUACGCCUGAACAUUUUCGCUGGGAGAAUGGAUACCGACCAGAGCGAACAGGUUUCAUUCAAUUUACAUUGAAAGAUCAUGGGCAUUGCCAUGAAGGUUGUCGUGCCGUGGUGAACAAACCACACAGCCAAUGGACAGCAGGCCAACCACUUGUUGGUACAGUGGGCUCGGGCGGAGAGAGCUGGCAUACGGUACACGUUACUCAUGGCAAUACGUAG